AUGGCGGACGGGGAGUUUUCGGACCUGGAGGGAGUCCCAUUGCUGAUCUUAGAGGCUGGGGAUGGCUCCACCAUUGCUUUUUAUACUUCCGGCACAACUGUGCGCCGCACAAUUGUGCAAAAUGGCACAAGCAACGAUUCAGCAGCCGGGACGGUGGCCUUCACUGCGAAGAAAAGCACCGGGAUCUUCGUACCCGAGGACGAUGAAGAGUACCAGCUGCUUCCACAGGCGAAUGAGUCAGACAAAGUUCUCGAAACAAAAGAGGGCGGAGAGCCAUCUUCGCUGAUUGGCCUCAAAUUAAGCUCCUCACAUGUGCAAGAAUCUCAAGGCACCGCGCCGGCUGCUUUCAAGGAAAGUCCGAGCUCUCCGGCCUUGGGCCACUGGCUUAGCCAUGGACACUGUGACAAUUCUGCACCAUGGGAGAACACAAUGCGGGUGGAAACGUGGACGUCGGAAGUGCAGUUUUGUGUCUUGCAUGACAAGGUUCCAGCCCGGAACAUGCUGCACUGGCCACUCGUGCCCAGCUUGCGACCAGUUCAGCGCCUUGGUCGUGACAACGGCAACGGCAGCAUCACAAGACUGAGCAAGGCAGCGAGGCCCAUUGACUGGUCAGCACUAGCGCCUGCAGACGUGGCUUGCGUGCUCCAAGACUGUGCAGCUAAUGCAGCAUUCCUAUGGCUCGUGCCUGACAGCGUGCUCUUCAGCGCCACGUUGGACGAACAGGACUUGCCGGACGCUGGGAGGCAUGUCUCCCCGCACAGAGACAGGCCGAACAGUGCAACCAAUGGGAUCUUGAGUGGGGAGCAUGGAAAGCCCUUGGUCCUGGUCUUGGCAGCUGUUACACUGAGACAUGCCGAGCAAACUGUUUGGCUGCCGAAGUGGCUGAUGGGAAAUCGAGAACGUCAGCUGACCGGCUUCGUUCAUCCCGCGACCGCCGACGGAUUGAUGAAGGCAGCCCACGCCCGAUUGCGCUCAUUGGCGAGCGACAAGCACACGCAGGAGUCCUCUCUUGCUGCGGUCCUGGAGCUGCGCAAGUUGCCCCUUGUCCAAGAUUGCAUUUUCACCCUGCAUUUCACCAUGUUACGCCUUCUGUCACCAGACUGCGUGAAAGGGCGUGUGGAGACCAUUGACGCAGCUGCAAUUGGCGUCAGAGCAAAGGCGAAGGGAACCGAGGGAUGGAGGCUCGUCAUGGCACCCUCCGGGACACCUGCUGAGAUGUGGCAUUGUGCGAGCUGCCCCGUUGUUCUGCCCUUUCGCUACGCCAACGGACGGGGGAGCAUGUUGCCCUUGUUGAGUUCGACCAGACCAAGCACAGAGGGCAAGACGGACAGCCCUCGCGUUCAAGCUGGUCCCUCCUUCCCGAGGGCUGGAUGUGUGGAGCCAUCGUCAGACUGCAUCGCCGCGCUCCUGCGCGAGCUGCAGAUGCCUCGCCUCAGCUGGGCCGAGGUCUUGCUGGAGCACGUGUUUCCAUGGGCGUCGAAUGAAGUCGAGGUGGCCACCCGCCAAGGUCUCAUGCUUGCCGUGGUGCAACGCUGGAGGGAGAUGGAUCUCGCCGGACACGAGAAGUGCAUUCAGGCUUUGCAGCAUGUGCCGUUCAUCUCCACUGUGGAUGGGAAGAUGAGCAGUCCCGCAGCGCUGCUGGAUCCAAGAAAAGAGGAGCUGCGAAGCCUCUACAUUGGAGACACGGGGCCUUUUCCGGCGGCCGAAGUGCGAACAGUGCUUCAGCCUUUGGUUCAACGGGGCCUUCUGCGAUUCCGGCAGGAACUUUCGCUCGAGGAGCUGAACGAAAGACUUGCUUUCCUCGAUGCCUUCGAGGGUAGCAGCGCACCGGACCCUCGUGGUGAGACCGGGAAGGCUCCGCAGGAAGGUGACGAGUGGGACAAGGUGUACGCAUGUGCUCAGAGCCUCUUACAGUAUGUGGCUGUAUCCGUCAAUCCGAAGUGCGAGGAGGCCCAGAAAGCCGCUGCCAAAGCGCCGGCUUCAGAUCCCAAGCCGGCGGCGAAGCAGGUCGGGCAGAAGUAUGCAGAAGAGAAAGCGCGGGGAAGCUUCUUCUUGUGGCCAUCAAUCCUUCCGAUCGGUGACUUCUUAUCCUCCGGCACCACCUCUCCUGUUGAGCAGACGGAGCAGACUUCGGAGGUGCAAGAGAAGGCUGAGGAAUGGGGCGAGAUGGAGGUGGAGACUUUGAAAUGCAAUCUUCGUGUUCGCAGAUGGAUGCCCGCAGCCCGUGCGCCGAGAGAGUGGUUGGAUGCGGUCCCUUGGACAGGACACGCACACAAGUUUUGGCGACCCUCUGAAAUGGUACUGAUGAAUGACUUCUGGCUUUGUGGUGCCGCUCUCCCUGUGCUCAAUUUGGACGCACAGCUCAUGUUGUCGGGCGAGCGCAGAUCCGCUGCAGAGGCCAGUUUGCUCAUGCUCCUCGGCAUUCCAAGCCAGUUGCCGAAUGGCCAGAGGGUCAGCUGUGCAUGGUCCCAGUUAAGCGCCAUAAGACUCUGGUGGUCAACUCGCUCUCCGGAAGGGAAAGAAGAUGCUGGUUCUGCUUGGGUCACGAAUUGCCUGUACCACCAUGUGUAUCCCUUGCUCAACCAAGAGGAGGAAGAGGAGGCACAUGGAACAGCGGUCAUCACGGAGCUUUUUGUGGCCGGCGCCUUCGUGCCGCUGGAAGAUUUGUCAUCCAGCCAGGACUUUGGCAUUGCUGGACUGCAUCAAGUGCCAAAGGAGUUGCAGAGCAGUGCGCCCCAGCUCUGCAGUGCGAUAAAGCAGAACUUCAAGGCGGCAGACUUGAUCCGUGCGCUGAAGCGCUUGGCAGACACGGCAGACAAGCGGGAGACGCGGCAGCUCGCAACUACCGAAACAGAGACGGCUGUGAGGUUGGCGAUGGCCUUGUCCGAGCGCAUUCGAGGUCAUGGUGAGACGAUCAGCGAUGUCAUCCUCAUGCCCACCAAUCAAGGUACCCUGCGUCCUUCCAGGCAAUGCGUCUUCAACAACAUGCGAUGGCUUUCAGAAGAAGAGCAGCAGAAGAGGAGCCGAGCUGUGACCAGCAGUGGCCUCGACUGGGUACACCAGAGUAUCUCUAACGAGGUCGCACAAUCACUUCAGGUGCAGGGCCUGAGCACACAGGUCGCAGCAGAAGCUCUAACCGAAGAGAAGGACCCAGAAUGGUUUGAGGCAGCCGGGCAGCAAGAGCCCCUGACUUCACGCCUGCGCUCGCUGAUUCGGGACAUGCUUGACACCUCCGCCUCAGCAGCGCAGGACCUCGGGCUUUUCAAGGCAUUGCUGCAGAAUGCCGAUGAUGCGACAGCCACUGAAGUCAACUUUGUUUGGGACUGGCGAAGCUUCGGAGGUCAGUCGCUGAUGUCACCCGAGAUGGCACGCUGGCAGGGCCCCUGCCUGUGGGCUCAUAACAAUGCAACGUUUUCUCCCGAGGACUUUGAAAACAUCACGCAGCUGGGUUCGAUGCAGAAGAGCAGGUCUCAGAGCCGCAAAACGCAGAUUGGUAGGUUUGGUCUUGGCUUCAACUCCGUCUACAGCAUGACGGACUUGCCCAGCAUCCUGAGUGAUGACAUCGUCUUGUUCCUCGACCCGCACGUCCAUCAUCUGCGUGGCAUGGGGGCAUCAGCUGUCAAGCCCGGCAUCAAGCUGCGAUUCCUGAAAAUCGAUGUCUUGGACAAAUUCCGUGACCAGUUCGAACCAUACCACGGUAUGUUCGGCUGCGAUUUGGCAUCUUCAAUGCCUUUUCAAGGGACUUUGAUCCGCCUCCCAUUUCGCACACCAGAAUCGUCCAGACUGAGUGAAAUUAGCAAGACAAUGGUGUCCACAGAACACGCGACAGCCUACCUCCAGGCAUUCAAGGAAGCUGCGGCUGAGUGCUUGGUGUUCCUGCAACAUGUGCAGCGGGUUAACUUCUGCUGGAUUGCCCCUGAUGCUGGUCCACAUGCUGUGCCUGCAGCCUUGCUGCAAGUCCAAAUCAUGCCAUCAAGUGUGCCGGCUUCUCUGGGGCUCGCAGGCAGCCAGAAUGGACACGACGUGCAGGUUUUCACGGAUGAGCGCGCGCUGGAAUACCGUCGAGUGUUCUCUUCGCGGUCGCUUCAGAAGAGCAAGGAGAAGCAGUCCUUUAUCUCUGAGCUUCUAAGCCGCUUGGGCGUCCAGCCAACAUCAGAAGAUACAAGGCCGUACGUCAGCUUCAACGUGGUCAUAUCCGUGCGCUGGACCUCACCGAGUGAUUUGCAGAGCUCCGGAAAGGAACCUGUCGAGGUUUUGGAAGCUUGGCGGCUCUUCCUUCAGCAUGACAAUCCGGAAGACGAGCGCUGGAAGUCUGUGCUCGUCUCGGAGACUCAGACUGGCUUUGACUACGUCCCCUUUGCGGGCCUUGCCGUGUGCCUCUCCCGAGAGCUCCAAGGGCCACGAAUCUGCUGCUUCCUGCCCUUGCCCAUCACAAGCUCACUUCCAUUUCUCAUCAACGCCAACUUCUGCCUCACAGAUCCCACAGCUCCCGGGCGCUUGGAUCUGGCAGCCGGAUCGGGCUUCGCUUCUGACUGGAACAGCAUGCUCCUGCGUCACAUCGUGGAGCCUCUCAUCUGCACGUUGGUGAGAGAGCAGGCUGGAGCCCUCCAUGCCAUCCGGAGCCGACGCCCAAAGGGAGCGGAGGCUGCAUAUUGGGCCAUUGGGAAGGAAGGGGUUUGUGCCUUGAUGCCCUGCAAAAAUCAGCUGCCGCAAAGUCUGCAGAAGCUUCUGAACCUUCCCUCCAUCUACAAAGAGCUCUCAAACGCUCCUUUGUUCCCACCUUUGCUCUUUACGAGACCGAACCCAGCGGCUGCCGCAGCUUCGGAGCUCGUGGAAAGUGCACGCUCCUUUGCAGCUCAGAUAUUUCACGGCGAGAUUGACACCAAGCCUUCUGCGAAGCUGUUGUCUUUUACAGAUUCCGUGCAGCCUCUGGCUCCGAUCGAGGGGAAAGGCAAGCAGCACCAGGUUGUUCACGAAUACCUGAGUGGCUAUUCUGGAACGGGAGGAAAAGCGUACAGGUUCUGUGACGUCGCCUGCAGCGUAUCCGAAGAGUUUAAGUCGGCGAACUUGUGCCGGCACGCAGAGGUGAGCCCGGCCUUCUUGCUGUCGUGCCUGCAAGACGACACGCGCUGCAACGUCGACGCCUUGACUGCGAUAGAGCUCUUGGGCUACGUGCUAAGCGAAGAGAUUCCAACAGAUGUGGUGACAGCACUGGGAGGCUUGAAGUUGGCCCCACUGUGCAGCGGAAAGGUCGCAUCCUUUGGCACCGGCAACACGGGCGGCUCGAUGCUCUACUAUGCCUUUCCGAGUGGAUCAGCUUCCAGCUCCCUGGCGCAGCAGGUGCUCAAGCAACUUGUCCCAGCUGUGACGCUGGACCUGUCCAAAGUGGGCGAGGAUGGAGUCGCAAGGUUGGGCGCUAAAGCGCCCAGUCUGGGUAUUGAAGAUGUCAGAACAUCGCAGCAGCUGGCCAGGGCUCUAAUCGCCGGGUUUCCAGCUUUCCAAGCCGCGCCUCUUGAGUACUCCUCGCUGCAAGCGACAAUUGAAGCUAGACUGGGAGGUCCGCUGAGAUCCGAAUCGUUUCGCCGAGCUCCGGCCCAGUCACUCAAGGCCUUUGGCGACGAAGCUGCGGCCCAGUCAACCCUUUGUGCCUUCUGGGAAUUUGCCAAGUUGGAUGGGCUGUGUGAGGAUUUCUUGGCUGCUUUUGAUCGGUGCUGGGUGCUUCCAGCAUGGGACCCGACCGAAGGGCCGUCAAGCUCUCCGAUGGAUCGCCAGCUCAUGCUGCUGCCGCUUAGCAAGGAAGAGCCGCUGCUGUUGCCGCCGUCGGAGGACGCUGAGACAGAUCCGCUGCUAGCCGAAGUGGCCAGGGUGCUAUUGCCAGAUCGCUUUGUCAAUGCCAGUCACCCAGCCAUGACGGCGAGUGUGGUUCACUUCCUGCAGCAGCAGGGAAUCAUCCUUCCGUUUGGCCGAGGCAGCAUGCUUACGGUGCUUGCUGCGUGGGCAUCAGCUUUGGAGCAGUUGGGAUCUUUGAGCAUCCGUUGCCAACGCUUGCAACCGCGGCUUUGCCACUACCUGUGCUCGGAGCUGUGCCAGGCCAUCUGCGACCCCAUCGCUUCGUCAGAUCUCAGGACGACCAUUGAGAACCGAGCAAGUGUUGUCUGUCGGCUUCCGAUUUUCCUCGCUGAGUCCGAGCGCCGAGGGGAUGAACAGGCUCAGGCCUUUCGCGCCCUGGUGCACUUGGCCGUGGUGGAAGGUGAGCCUCUGCAGCUGGACGCGCCGCCCGUGAGGCUGGACCUGGAGUCGAGCUUCCUGUUCUUGGCCUCGCCCAAGACGCCUCCGGAGGUUGCGAGGGCCCUCGCCUUGCCGGAGGUCAAGGAGCCCCUGCUUCAGCAGCGCAAGUACUUCGAUGCCAAGUCGUGGCUGCAUCAGCAAGUGCUUCCGCAUUUGGCGGACAUGGCGGAGGGCGACCAGGUGCGAUUCUUAGAAAGGUUGCUCCCGCUCAUGGAUGAUCUCGAGGAAGCCAACUCGGAGCCGUAUCUCGUUCCGGCAGAAGUACAAGGCAGACUCAUGAAGCCACCGUGCACCAUCUUGGACCCGCAAGACUUCAUGAUCCAGGAAGUCUUUGGUGCGCGGGGGGAUGCCUGGCCCAAGUUGGGAAGCCACCAUCAGUUCCACUUCCCUUCCAAAGCAAUGUCGGCGACGGUCCUCAGUCAUCUCAGGCGCCUGGGCAUGAGAAAGAGUGCCGGCGACGCGCGAUGCCUGGCAUACCUGGCACAGGCGCUCCGCGAACAGCAUCGAGACUUACCAGGCCAGAGAUAUGGAGAAGUUCAGCGAAGUCUGAUGCAGAGAAUAGUGGAAUCUUGGAGCUCAUUCACCGGCCCGCACCGGGACAUGGUCCUUGACCAGGAGUUCGUGGACAUCUCAGAUGAAGCGGACGGUGGAGAACAGCCCGGCAGCCUCUUCGCUCUGCGACCUUUUCGAGAAGCACGCUCCACAGAGCGUCUCCUCAAGCUAUCGGCUUUAGUGUCUCGCGUGAGAGAUACGGACCCCUAUCUUUGCUGGACAAGCCUACCACUGUCUCCAAGAGGCUUUCCCGAGUUCGAGGGGUACCGCCGUCCCACGCUGGAGGACGUCCUUGCGCAUGCACGCUCGGUCGGUGGUCUUGCUGAUGGAGCUGUUCCGUCUCAUCUGUGGGAAGAGUUGAAGGAGAAGGUGGUUGGGCAGAUUUGUCAGUUCUUGGCCGAGUCACCCUUCUUCCAGAACCUGGAGGCCAUGCCUCUGGAUGAUGAGCAGAUUGAACUUAGAACGCCCGAGACGAUCGCCGCUCACUCUCAGAGAAGGGCUCGGAUUUGCUCGCAGCUUCGGAAAGUCAAGUUCUUGGCUGUUCCGCUGGAGAGCGGCGUCGCCAGUCCGCAUACCUUGGUAGCCCCCUGGCGCAUCUCCUUGGUGCUGAAGGAACAUCGGCCGCCAAUGUUUGCCUUGCCUGCCUAUUUGUCAGAGCAUGUUACGGUGCUUCGGAUGUUGGGCGUCCGUGAUGCCUUGGAACUUCCACAAGAAUCAGUCGGUGGUGCAGAGACAGACAUGGCUCGCGUUGCAGACGAAGCGAUGACGUGGUUGUUCGAGAAUGGUGCCGAAAGCUUUUCUGAUGUGACGUUGCGCUGUGAUGGCGGCUCGCUCUUCCUUCAUCGCAACAUUCUCAUGGCCCGCAGCGAAUACUUCAGAGCGAUGUUCCAGGGCGAGAGUGGGUUUCGAGAAAGCCAAGAAGGGGGAGCCGAGGUCUGUCUCUACGAGAUCCCACUGGAAGUCGCCAAGAUCCUAUUCGGCUACUUAUACCAUGGCAAAGUUGAUGAACAGCCUCUUGAAGGUCCUGAAGGAACGUGA